UUUUUUUUUUUUAAGUGGGUGUUGGUGUUGCUGUCGUGGAGAUGUGUAUUUUGUUACUUGAUAUGGAAGUUGGGAGUCCGUUCUGUGUCUAACACAACCCAGCAUUAUGCCACACGGUCCUCCUCCUCCUCCUCCCCAUUCCCGUCCCGGAGAGUUCACGUCACCAUUACAACGGACUCCCGAAUGUCAAGGGACGAUGACAUCUGCCUGGCUAUGACAUGGUCGCAAACGAAAUAUUAGCAGCCGAAUACAAGUAUUCGAUUUUGGAUUCUAUGCUCCCUCAUCAUCAAAAGUGAACUGCAACAUUUCGAACAAUCAACUCCAAGAAUCCUACCGAACCAUAACACACAUUCAAACCACAAUCAAACUUAUCCUAAACAAUCAACCAUGUUAUCAACCCGCGUCUUCACCCGGACUCUGCUCCGGCCCCGUCUGGCCUUCCUCCAUCCCCGCGGCCCUCGCCAGCCGGUGGUGACCAAGGGACAAAAGAAGAAUAUCCAUCAUAAGACGGAAGAUGAUUUUGGAGGACCGGGUGGGCAGGAGCUGUAUCCUUAUGCUAGUGCUAUUCAUCGGAAGUACGCAACCCGCACCGCCGUCGGCGUAGCCGCUACCUGCGCCGUGCUCUACACCUCCAAGAUGCUGGAGCGCAAAGGAUUUUACAACCAGCCCGGCGAUCGGUACGUGUUGACGCAUGAUAAUACCAAGGGAGAGCUGGGGGACGUGAUGAUGUUGAGAGUUAGGAAUGGGCAGGUUGUGUAAGGGUGGGAGAGACUGGAGAGGAUGGAUGGAUGGCUGCGUGGGGAAGGGGUGGAAGGAGAGGAUCAAAAAGUGAUGGAAGGGGUUGAGGAGAGAUUGAUCUAGUGUUGAUCGACGGGGCAAAGAGGGAGAAGGGAUGGCGAUUGUCAAGAUAGUGUAGGAAUACGGAUGACGGACUGGAUCAAGUUGACGAGUCUGACGAGGAAAGAACAUGGCCCAUUAUAUUGUACGAAGGAACUGCAGCUUGCGAAAGAUACAUUGUCUUUUGAGGUCUGGGCAAGUCCGUGAUUUACAUCGUCUCC